ACCACGACUGCCGCCGACGACUCGACCUCCGUCAAGGCACUAGUACUUUCAUCUUUUCACUUAUUUUUAUGCUGGAAGUAGCGGCGCCUACCUGAAGUCCCCAUAAGGGCAAGAUGGUGAUGCUUUAAGUUUGCUAGGCAUUCUGUAUAUAGGCAGAAGUCUUCAGAAAACAAGGCGCACUUUUUCAGACAUGAACUCCCCCAUUUCACUCGCAUGGAAGGGAGGUAUUCUUGCUGGAUUCUCUCAAUGGAUACUCAAGGAUUUCGCUUGAGGCCACGCAUGACCGUCCGCCGGAUCACUCAAGUUCCUCCACAGCCUCGAUAGCUGUACAUGUACUCGUUUGGUUGUAGCGCGGCGGACCAACUCCCAUUUGACUCUCGCUCAUUGAAGCCAUUGUUAUUCUUGUCCAUUGGUCUCUUCAUCGCAAACGCUUGGAGCACUUCCGCAUCCAGGAUGGGUUCCUUCAUGGGGUGGGACACUCGGUUUAGAGUUCGAGAAAGAGCUGGACGUGGACAUAACGGCUAUGAAAAGAUACGGCAAGGCGCUGGAGGAAUGAGUGUAUUCAUUAGACCAAUCGCGAGUCUGUUGGCGGACAUUUCCGUUGCGGUUCGGAGAGCUGAGUACACGGACCAUCUUGAUCACGUCUAUUUUCCAACCUUUGCGAUCAACGGGCACGCAGAAACUGCUCAGGAGUUUGUCAUCAACAACCCCUCCGCCGUUGGACUCUUGAAGAAGUUCGCUCUUGGUGGCUGCGACAGUUUGUAUCCAGCUAGGUAUAGCACCACUCCUUGCGUCAAUGUUCUUGCAAAGAAUAAUGUUUGACAAGUACAUACCCGAAUACAGAAAUCACGAAACGUUCGUCCGGCCCCAUGCUCUGGCUCCUAAGUCUCGCGAGAUGCUUCGAAAUACAGAUUCAGCCAUUCUUGACUAGUUAUAGGCUGCAACGCCACCUACUCGGCACCGCAGCGAAAGCACAGAAGACAUAGUCCGCCAUUUGUGCCUGACAGUCUGGAUGUGUCCAUGGCUCACGCUUAGAUCGACUCUGGUGCCAAAGCAUCGGACUUUUUUCUCUCGACGCUACUUUGCAUGAGCAUGAAGGUGGUCUUUUUCGAAUAGUAUCACUGCAUCCAACGAACGACACGAGGCGGGAUAGCGGCGGGG